AUGGCGAAAUCUUUGGAGGAGGCAUUGGCUGAGAUCGCAAUGCUGAAAAACCAGCGAGAACGAGAGAAAAGUGCACAUCAGCAGGCGAUUCAACAGUUAGAAGCUCAGCUAAGUCAACAGUCACUCGAUGGGUCACAAAAUGCUUCUUAUUCAGGAGGGUCACCACAAAUAUCCCAAGCACUCAUGGCGCUGAGUAAUGUGAUGCAAACGCAAACUCAGGCAUUUACAACUCUCACUCAAGCUCAACAAGGUAAUUUUGCCGGACAUAUGCUUUCUGCCGUCGGAGGCCAAGGAAUUACUCGCGAAUUUUACGGCGGCGAAGGACCCGAGCGAGCACUAGCAUGGCUCAAUGAAAUUGAAAACGCGAAGAGGCUCUACGGGUGGAGUGAUGAAAUGGCGUAUAGCAUAGCAAAGUCUCGGUUGCAAGGAGCAGCAUUAAAAUGGCUCAUGACAAAGUCAACGACGGUUAUAAAUUUUGAAACCUUUAGUGAGAAUUUUAAAACGGCAUUCACACAGAUGCGUUCGAAAAGUGAAAAGCUAAAAAUUAUUAUGUCAAGAGUGCAAGGAAAAGAUGAGAAUAUACAAGUGUAUGUGUUAGAUAAAAUCUGGCUCUGUGAAGGACUUGCAUUUUCGGUCGGUGAAAUUCGUGAUGAAGUGGCAUCGGGAUUAUGGUCUCAUGAUUUAUCGACGUAUCUGGCGGGCCAGCGAUACGUAUCAACAGACCUCAUGUUGCAAGAUAUAACAAGGAUGGCAAAAAUUUCUGAGGGACGCCGAGAAAGAAUCGUUGGUCAGCGCGGCCAGCAACGAGAAAUGAAGCGGGGAAAUGGAAUCGCGCCAGGGACGCCAACGUCUCCGUGGAAAGCCAUCACUUCGGGGAAUUCGACUACUGCUGCUGAACCAACUACUUCUGCUCAACAACCGAGAGAUGGGGGUAAGAGUCAGCACAACGACAUAACAGGCAAGAAAGCUCGAGCGUGUUAUAACUGCGGUAACAGCGGACAUUUUGCGCGCGAUUGUAUACAACCGAAACGCGAGUUAACCUGUUUUACGUGUAAACGUCAAGGACACGUGUCGUCACGUUGCAUGUACAAUCAGCCGGGCGGGAAAAAGAACACGUCGGUCGAAAUCACUGAGAUUAAUAGUAUUUAUUGUCCAGUAAGCGGAAAAGAGUCGGUUAAAAAGUUUAUUAGGGAAGUUAAAAUAGGUGGAAGUAGAUUUGUUGCUCAGAUUGAUAUGGGCGCGGCACCAUGCACGAUGGCAGAGUCAGCAGCUAAAAGUGGCGGUUUCACUAUAAUAGGCUCUGAAUCGGUGUUGGGGGCGUUCGGAGGCGGAACUGUGAAGUCGCCUGGGGUAAUGUGCGCUAAUGUCGUUCUCGACAAUUUAAAACCGCGAGAGUUAAUUUUGCGAGUUGUACCGGAUGAGGCGCAAGAAUUUGAUGUAAUGUUAGGCCGGACUUUCACAGAGACGCCAGAUCUUAGCUAUAUUCGUAAAGGCGAUGAAUUGAUUUUUGCUGACGUUGAGUCGAAUGUCGUUAAAAAUAAAUCUGCGAAUAAAGCGGUUUCGCUAGAAAAAGUUGUGCUUGAAGCAGGGUCAAUAAAUUUAAUUAAUGUUUUAGUUGAUUCCCAUGAACUUAAAAUGCCCGUCGUUAAUCUGAGUAAUAAGGAUGAAAUCAUGCAAAUCGGAGACCGUAUAUGCGAAUCCGUGACGCGAGUAGAGCAACUAGAGCCAGGAGAAGUACGAAAGGAAAAGGUCACGAGUGCAGAAGUUUUUGUUAGUUCUCAGGUCACGACAAAUCAAAAAGAUGAUCUUGUUCGGUUGCUAAAUAAAUAUCGCCACUGUAUUGCGAAAAAUAUAUCAGAAAUAGGAAAAACGGACAAGAUCACAAUGGAUAUUGAAUAUGAUAAAAAUACUGAGAUUCGCUCAAAACCAUAUAGGUUAAAUGCACGAGACCGGGGCGAUUUAGAAUGUUUGAUAGACGAGUACAAAAGAGCGGGAAUCAUAACAGAAACAAAUUCCGACUGCGCCAGUCCAGCGUUUAUUGUUAGGAAAAGUGACGGUUCUCCUCGAAUGGUCAUAGAUUAUCGUAAACUCAAUAAAGUGACGAAACUUAUUCAUUAUCCAAUACCGAAUUUCGAUGAUCUUUUAGAAAAACUUACCGACACAAAGGUUUUCGCUAAACUUGACUUGGCGCAGGGAUAUUUACAAAUGCCACUUUCCGACGAAUCAAAAGAUGCCACAGCUUUCAUAACGGAAACUCAAACGGGGCGUUUCGAGAGAGCCAUGUUCGGGUUGUCUAAUGCUCCCCGUUAUUUUGCUAAGCUGAUGGAUCGAGUACUUGGAGUGGCAAGACGUCGGAGAAUAGCGUUCAAUUUUUUUGACGACAUUUGUGUCAGUGAAAAAUCAUGGGAUGAUUUAAUGAAAAAUUUGGAAGAAAUUUUAAUUUUACUUGAGGAUGCCGGCUUGACUUUAAAUUUGUUUAAAUGUCUAUUCGGGGAAAGUAAAAUCGACUAUUUAGGGUACACGAUCGGUGAAGGUAAGGUGCAACCCGGCGAUCGAAAAAUAAUUGCUAUUGACAAAUUUCCAAGGCCAAAAGACAAGCACGAAAUACGUAGAUUUUUAGGAUUAGCCAGCUUUUUUAGGAGAUUUGUGCCUGGAUUUGCUUGCAUUACAAAACCCUUGUCUCAAUUACUUAAACAAGACUGUAAAUUUAAUUGGAGCACGAAACAGGAAAAUGCGUUUAACGAAAUUAAAGCAAAAUUAUUGUCAAAACCUGUCUUAAAAUUAUACAACCCUAGAGCAGCUAAAACGGAACUGCAUACAGAUGCUUCGUCAGUUGGAAUAGGCGCGUUGUUACUUCAGGCUGAUCGAGAGGGAGAGCCUUUAAGUCUUGUAUAUGCGAUAAGUCGAAGUACCAGCGAUGCCGAAGAAAAAUAUCAUUCAAGUCGACUCGAACUCUUGGCAAUUGCAUGGGCAUUAGAAAGAUUGCGCCCUUUUCUAAUUGGUAUACCAUUUGUUGUUGUAACUGAUUGCCAGAGUUUAGUUCACAUGAAUGCGUGGAAAACUUGCAAUCCACAAAUUGCACGAUGGAUGAGCGCGAUCGCGGAGUACAAUUUGGAAAUCAAACAUCGCCGAGGUGAUCAAAUGCAGCAUGCUGACGCAUUAUCCCGGGCUCCUUUAAUGGUUGAUGAAGACAAAUUCCCUGAACCCGAUAUAAUUUUAAAAAUUGAAACUAGAGAAGAGGAAAUAUUAUUAUUUCAGAGGUCUGAUGUUGAUAUGUUAGUGUUAAUUAAAAUUUUGCAGAAACCCAAAAACGAAAGAAAUCGAGAUGAAUGCGGAAAAGUUAGAGAUUAUUUGAUGCGCGAUGGACUAUUGUAUAAAAAGGUAGAACGUGGAGGACUGAGUCGCGAACUAUUUGUUGUUCCUAAAGUUAUUAGGAAAUCCCUUGUAAUUAAAUACCACGAUUUAAAAACAAAGAAAAAGGCAAGUCCAGGCGAAGGAGAACUACACCCAAUUCCUCCUGGAAAAAGACCUUUUGAUAUUGUACACGCUGACCAUGUAGGACCUUUUCCUACGACUACGGUUCCGGUCAAAAACGUACUGGCGUCAACGACUGUUAAAAAGUUUGAAGAGUUCGUGAAAUUAUAUGGUGCACCUAGAAAACUAAUUACCGAUCGUGGAACCAGUUUCACGUCUCAUAUAUUUCAGGAGUUUUGUCUCAAGUACGGGAUCAAUCAUACCUUAAACUCGAGCAGGCAUCCUCAAGCGAACGGAAUGAUAGAACGGCUAAAUCAAACUUUAAUACCCGCGUUGAGAAUUUCUGCUGGGGAAGAUGAAUUUAGUUGGGACAAGAACGUUAAAAAUAUCGAGCGUGAUAUAAAUUCGUCGGUGAGCGCUACUACGGGUAAGACGCCCUUUGAAGCCCUAUUAGGAUAUUUGCCGCGUUUCGACGACGGACAGGUGCGAAAUCUUACGACGAACUGCGAAACUUAUACCUUACCGAAUAAUGUACAAAAUGAGAUAAGAGGGAGAAUUGAAGCAGAACAAGCGCGAUACGAUAAAAAUCGUCGAAUUAAUGUAACUUUUAAAAUCGGUGAUAUUGUAUACAUGCAGCGAAAUCCGGUAGCCACGGGCUAUUCAACUAAGCUACAACGAGUGUACGGAGGACCUCUUGUCAUUGUCGGUGUUGGUCCUAGCGAUACUUAUCGUGUGAAAAAGUUGAAUGAAUCUAAUGAUCGUAAUUUUGAAACCACAGCACAUGUAAAACAGCUUAAAAUAUGGACCGGUUUUAAUCAAAAUGUUUCCGAUGAGGAAAGCGAUGAAAACACUAGCGAAAAUGAGAGUGAGAAUAAUUGCGAGCGUGUUUCAGGCGAUAGCACUCCAGAAAUUGAAAACCGAGAGACAGAUGGUAAUUUCAUGAAUGAUCUUGAGAGUAGUGAAAAUGUGCCACUUGUCACUACGGUUGAAAAGACACUAAGUUCUAAGCGCCCACAAACAAAUUCUGUAAAAUCUAACGAGACAUCGUCUCAACGAGAUCUUGAAGAAGAGCUUCCCAUCAAGGGACCCAAGAACAGCCGAAUACCAGGAGCUCACAAGCACCCAGAGACCAACUUCGAGAACAGUAGAGACCUUCCUGACCGUGGCCUUCCUGAGCACUUUUGUGCCUCACAGGGUAACGAACCUGCCCGAACAACUCCAUCCGUUGUACGAAGAACGCCACCAACAACUUCGUGCUCUACGCCCAAGGACCAGGUCAUAACAACCUAUCACCUAUCACCAGCGUUGGUGUUUAGUGCUUUUCCCUUCUUGUUAAACAUCCUGGCUUUUUCCCGAAUCCUGAGAGCCUCGCGCAGUGGACUUAAACGUCAACAGGUUAUGGGCCCAGCAACUACUAAAAUGAGUGAGAGUGAAGAAAUCAGCGGGCCUCCCGAGAUCGGGGUCGAGGUAGAGGUGCCAGCGAAUGACGGCGAGACGUCGGCCAACGACAGCGAGGUGGCACCACCUGGGUUAGAAGGUGCGGCGGAAGGCGUAGAGGAGGCACGAGCUGUGUCACCGCUCGAAGAGGAGACGAGGAUGCAAGGACAGGAGGAAAGAGGCAGGACUAUGAAGGACGCAGCAUGCCAAGCCCCGGAAGAGGAGGUGAGCGAGCGCACGGACGGAUUGGCGGCGCUGUCCGUGGUUGCUGUCUCGGGCGGCCGAGGCGCCGGGUUGGGACCGGGGACGGACGCCUAG